GUGAGUCAUGUUCACACCACUGCACUCCAGCCUGCGUGACAGAGUGAGACCCUGUCUGAAAACAAAACACAUCUAUUAGUUCACAUUCUAAGGAUUAGAAGAGCUUUUCUUUCCCACUGUCUGAGUUAUAUCAGAAUAAACAUGUAUUUUAAUUUUAUUCAGUGGUUUGUGAUCUGUGACUAUCAUCUUGAUGCUCACAUUUUCUAGAUUUAGCUAGUGACUUCUGCAUCUAUGUGACUUGCCCUGCCAUUGGGACACUUUCUGCCACACAAAAGUAUUCCAGAUAUUGUACCUUCUCUUGUAUGACCCUGGGAUCAGCCAUUUCUCCAAGUAGACCUGGUUCCUUUUAGUGGAGAAUGGGAUGCGGCGGCCAGGGCCUGGAUGGUACCGGUGCUUCUUACUAUUGGGGUGUCAUUGCUCUUAAACCCUCCCAGUGGACUAAGCUAGGAAAUACAUGUGUGCAUACCCAACACUUAUUUCUAUAUAUGUGUUCACACAAUUUUAUCUCCAAUUCCAUUGUGACACCGACACCACAAGGGUCAUUCUAACCUCUGAUCUAUGUUUGUACAUCCAUCCUCUGACGGUACAAACCCUGAUUCUACAUUUUGAAAUCAUCCCAACUUUAUGGUCGAGGAAAGUGAGGCUCAGAGGGGCUGCUUCUGGGCAGCAGGAUGAGGCUCUGUCUCCAGCUGCCCGACCUCAGAGGGCUUCGAGAGGACAGAGCCAGCCUGCGGGGCACUCGCCUUUGUGCACCUGCCCAGGCGAGGCGGGCUCAGUGCGCACGCGCCCAGGCGCAUUUAAAGCACCCGCCGCGCCUCUCUUCCCCUAGCUGCAAGGGUCGGUGCUUGGCCUCGCCCGCAACACCCUCCUGGAGGAUGCUGAGUCCCGCUGACUCCCUCGAUGCAGAGCCUUCGAGCGACCCAGUCCCCGACGGCUUCCCCUCGGGCCCCAGUGUCUCCCCAAGACGCCUGGAGAGGCCGCCGGGGCUGGAGGAGGCGCUGAGCGCGCUGGGGCUGCAGGGAGAACGCGAGUACGCCGGGGACAUCUUCGCCGAAGCCAUGGUGUGCCGCAUGCUGCCCCGGAGAGCCCUGCCCCGCGCUGUGACCCCGGAGAUGCGCGCCCUGGUGGUAGACUGGCUGGUCCAGGUGCACGAGUACCUGGGUUUGGCUGGUGACACACUUUACCUGGCGGUGCACCUGCUUGAUUCCUACCUGAGUGCUGGCCGCGUGCGCCUACAUCGCCUGCAGCUGCUGGGCGUGGCCUGCCUGUUUGUGGCGUGCAAAAUGGAAGAGUGCGUGCUUCCCGAGCCCGCCUUCCUCUGCCUCCUGAGCGCCGACUCCUUCUCGCGGGCGGAGCUGCUGCGAGCCGAGCGCCGCAUCCUGAGCCGCCUGGAUUUCCGGCUGCACCACCCGGGUCCGCUGCUGUGCCUCGGGCUGCUGGCCGCGCUGGCAGGGAGCAGCCCCCAGGUGAUGCUACUUGCCACCUACUUCCUGGAGCUGUCUUUGCUGGAGGCCGAGGCGGCGGGAUGGGAGCCAGGUCGUCGCGCGGCUGCGGCUCUGAGCCUGGCGCACCGCUUGCUAGACGGCGCGGGCUCCAGGCUCCAGCUGGAACUUUACAGCCCCGAGGAACUGGGCCCCCUCGAGCCGUGCAUGGCCCGCGCUGCGCUCCGAGGUCCCGCGCCGGGCCGCGCCGCAGUCUUCCUCAAGUACGCGCGGCCCCAGCGCCAGGGCACCAGCCUCGCCGCCGCCUGCCUGCUCCGCUGCCUCCAGCCUGAGCCCCCCUGAGCGCUGAGACUCAGUCACAAAAACAACAACAAAAAAACCCCCAAAACCCUCCCAGUGUAUGUCCGUCUCUCAUCUCAAUAAAAGAAUGUAUUUUAUUUUGA